ACGCGCCACCAUCUUACUCGAUCAGGUAGUAUCCUUGAUGUUAGAUCCGCCACCAACGGACGAACACGCGCUCAGCGCCGACAUGCAUGGCGUCGACUGUUAAUGGCCCGCUAAUUGAUUCCUUGCCAAAUGUCUUGCUUUUGGCUAUAAAGCCCCCCAAAUCUUCUUCCUCACUUCACAUCACAUCCUAAUUCUCUUCACUGCAAUACUUGGACUAGUUAGGAGAAAAAUGUUUCCUUGCACCAUCUCCUACCCUCCUCUGCGCCACCACCUUUCCCCCAGACUUCUCGUCGGCGGCGGCCGCCACCACCACCACCGCCCCCGUUUCACCUCUAGCAGAGUACCCGCCUUCGGUUGGAACGACAGCGGGAGACUCGUCGACGAGGACAUGAUUGUGCUACGCAAAAGGAUCUACGAGAUGAAGAUGGCAGAGGCGAGUUAUGAGGCGCCAACAGAGUGGGCGGACUGGGAGAAGCGCUACUACACGAGCUACCACGCAAACGUCUGCGACGUCCUCUGCUUGCUGCAGACCGUUCUCAUGAGCACGAGGCCGAGCUUCGCGAUCGGUAUCGCCGUCGUCAUGGCCCUCAGCGUGCCCACGUCGGCGGUCUUCAUCUCCUUCCAUCUCGUCGAGGCCCUAAAGGCGAUUAGUCUCGCCGGAGUAAUGCACCUCGGCUGAGAUCCGAGUCUCUGGGUUCUUUGGAUUAAUGUUGUAUUAUAUUCUGCAAAUUAUAGCAUUAAGAUGACUACACGAUCAAAAGAAAACGUACGUGCAAAUAGAAGGAAUUCUUUCUUACCUACUAGAUCCACUCAAAUCUAGGUAAGAGAAGCGGAUUGAGAAGGGUGGUUAGUAGUGGUUGAUGAUAAGGUUUAUGAUAAUGAAAAUAUUU